AUGGAGGGAUUAAGCGUAGCCCUCAAAACGGCGUGUGAUAAAGGUCUUUUUAAAGGUGUUUCGAUCCCAGGCAAUGGUUCGAUUAUAUCCCACCUAUUUUACGCAGACGAUGCGUUGUUCUUAAGUGAAUGGUCUCGAAAUAAUCUCAAGAACCUGGCUCGUAUCUUGAGAUGCUUCCAUAUUUCAUCGGGCCUUAAAGUUAAUUUUCAAAAAUCAAAGGUCUUUGGUAUUAGUGCCUCCGCGAUUGAAACUGUACAUUGGGCUAACUUAUUGGGUUGUGUUGCGGGUGCUCUUCCAUUUGAUUAUCUAGGUGUUCCAGUCGGUGCUAACAUGAAUCUAAUUAAAAACUGGAAGCCUAUAAUAAAAAAAUUUCAUUCAAAACUCUAUGUGUGGAAGGCUAAAACACUUUCUUUUGGGGGUAGACUGACCUUAAUAAAGUCAGUCCUUGGUAAUCUACCUACUUAUUAUCUUUUGCUGUUCAAAGCUCCCAUGGGUGUCUUAGAGAAAUUGGAGAAGGUUAGGCGUUCAUUCCUGUGGGGCGGAUGUGACGAGAGGAAGAAAAUUCACUGGGUCAGUUGGGAGAAGGUGUUGGCAGCCAAAAGUAAUGGGGGUCUAGGUGUGGGUUCCAUAAGAGCCUUAAACAUCGGGUUACUUGUGAAAUGGUGGUGGCGACUAAAGAACGAUAGUCAUUCCCUUUGGGCUCGUGUGAUCUCUGGGAUCCAUAACUUAGCAAAUAAGCCCUUCGAAUAUCUUUCUAAACAAUCGUCCUGUGGGGUUUGA